UCGACAUUGACAUUUUGACAAAUAAUUGUCAUUCUCCAAAAUCGAAUCCACAAUCGUCAUUUUCUCCCGAAAAUGGCCGCAUCUGGAGGAAAUAUUGAAUGGUCUACAACUGUUAAACCGAUAUUAACAGCACUCUACGGCCCAUUUUUUGAUAAAAAUGAUGCUGUGGAAAUCAUCCAAGCCAUCAUCAAAAGCGAAAGUGAGUUCCAGAACCAUGAGGACAUCUAUGACCUGUUCUACACAUGCUUUGCAUGUCUCAGCGCCCACUUUGUUAGCCUGAAUGCUAAUAACUUACCCAAUGACCAACUGAGCACAGCAAGAGAUGCAUUCAGAGUGAUUCUCCGCCAAAUACUGAAGAAGCUCUCUGAAGCUGGACUAUCUUGUGAUGAUACAAACACAACAGCUGCACCAAAUGUAUCUGUUAAGCAGCUGCUGUUGCCUAUUGUGGGCCUAUGUGGAAUUGACGGAGGGGGCUACCCCCAAUCUGACCUAGUUAUCUUGACCUCUCUGCUGAAGAAUGCUAAAUUACCUGCGCAUGUUACUGUUCCUGAAACUCAAACAACAAAAACAUCAGUCAUACCAAGUUCCAUCACCUCACUGGCUUCUCAAACCACGCCUACUGAGAAACAGCCGCCGUCAAACGCUCAGCGCCGGUCUGACGCUCUACUGGAACAGCUGACCGCGCCGCUGCGGAACCCGGUGGCAUCGCUGACGUCAUCUCAAGCCCAACCGGCCACGGCUGUCCUGUCGCCCGGAAGUAAGGAUAGUUUGGAGAGCGCUAAAGAUGGAAAUGCUUCUCAACAGUCGUCUAUUGAUAUGAAGAAAUGGGUAGCAUCAACUUGCUCAUCGUUGUUAAUGGAGCUGAGAGCCGGCUCCGUGGUGCUGAAGGUGUGUUCUUCGCUCCCAUGCCUGCAGCGGUACCUGAACCGCUGGCAGACCGCCAAGGACACUGCUAUGGCGCCACAGUUCAACUCUGAUGCAUCCCUUCUUCACUUCCUCGUUAACGAGGUUCACGUCUGCCGCCUCGCUCUUUCUCUGCCGUGCCUCGAGCCGUUCACGCCCGAGCGCAUCAUGACGCUCAGUGACGUCAGCAUCGCUGCCUUGCUGUGCGCUACUGCACAGGCUUCUCUACAUCCUAAAGACGAAGAGUACGAGCAGCAGACGGCUACCUUGGUCGAAAGUGCACUUAGUUUGUACAAUACUGUUGGGGAGACUUUCAAACAAUCUACGCGCGCUGGUGGUUAUGUAUAUCAAAACCACCUAAUGAUCGGAGGUUGGGUGUUGCUAUGCGGAUUACAUCACGCCUUAGCUGGCGCGCCCUGUACAGUGACUGCGCCUGGAAAGAGCCCUGCCAAGACUCCGUCGAGGCCUUAUAAUCUUACUAAGAUGCAACAAGGUCUGGGCGUGGUGUGGGUGGCGCUGGGCGGGCGCUGCCUGGCGUGGGUGAGCGCGCUGCUGUCGGACGCGCGGCUGGAGUCGCUGAGCUGCGGGGACGCCGCGGCCGCCGCGCCCGCGCCGCUGCGCGUGCUGGCGCAGCACACCGCGCACCAGCGCGAGCUGCGCCUCGCCUCCGCCGCGCCGCUGCACCAGUUAUUAGUGGCGCUGGGCGUGGUGUGCUACCGCAAGGCCACGAACCUGAAGCGCGCCGUGGUACAGAAGCAGCACCAGGACGCGGACCCCGACCGCUCCGACUCCACCGUCUACUUCCAGGACAUGAUACUGUGCUCCGAGGACUCCGAGACUGACGACGAAGACAGCGAACCAUUAUUCGGUCUGUGGUUCGAGUCGACGCUGGUCGCGCCCGACGCUAUCGACAACAGCGGGCUGGUGCGCGCGGCCGGCAACAACGACAACGCCGACAACGCGGACACGCCGCAGCGGCCGCACCAGGCCAUCGUGCCUGAUAAGGCUGAACCAUACUCUUACAUUACUCUGGCGACGGAAGUCUUCACUCUCCUAACGGAGGAGAUUAUCAGUGAAGGUUCCGAACGCCUCGGCCAGCACUCCCUGCAGCUGCACGACGCGCAUCAAGCGUUACUUGCGGCUCUCGCUAAAGACUUGGAUCGCGAGACUGCUCGCACUGACACCGGUACUAUAUCGGCGUGCUUCGGUGCCCGCCUGGGCGCGUUGUACGGUGCGUUCAGCUCGGCUUUGGUCCGCUACCUGCACAACCUCAGCGGGUCGCCAGCGUUCGCCUCGCUACAGCCCGCCUUACACCAGCAGCUGAUCUCUGCUGGCUCUGAAAGGACUAACAUGACUCCUCUGCAGGUUGGGCCCCGUGUUGUGAAACUACUCGGAGGCAUGGUGCUCAGCAAGCAAGCCGCUGAGCGAGAGAACAGUAUCCUCGCGAUGUGGCACAAGAUUGUCAAUACUCUUCAAGAAUGCGCUUUACAAGCUCAGCCUUCACAGGACCAUGAUUAUGAAGACCUCAAUGUUGAGCAUGCUCAACUGUUAGUUUAUCUGUUCCAUUCGUUGACGCUCAUGCAGAAGAAGUCUGUACUGCUCAUGACUUCCAAUGCUAUCAUAAGGGUGGUGGAAACUCUGGCCAUAAGUGACAGAAAGCGAGCUAUGAACCUGGCGCCGCACCAGUUGAUGUUGACCACUCGGCUGAUGCUGCUGUUGGAGUACUUGAUGAGGCACUUGUAUGACGCCCCGCAAACUCUUCUGCAGCAGAUCGAGUGGAACUUAGUCAUAGCUCCCGGAUUGGCCCAGCCGUCAACCGAAGCGAACGCUAACGGUAACAAGACAACAGCAAACGGCCAGCCGAAGUCGCGCAUCUACUGCGAAGUGCCCUACAUCGAGCAGGCUUACCGUCGCCUGUCGCAGGACGAGUCAUCUAUGAGGCCCAAGUUCUACGCGCUGACAAACGCUGAAAUUAAUAAUCAGGAAAACCCCAAGUUCGACGGGCUAGCUUGUAACUUCGUGCUGGGUACUCCGCACAAGCUGAAGUACCCGCUGCUGCUGGACGCGCUGCUGUCGCUGCUGAACUCUGCGUGCGUGUGCGACAACUCGCAGUACCACGCCUCGCCCGCCGCUCUCGCCGCCGCGCACUACUGCUUCCAGACUGCUUGGAGGCUAGUAAUAAGCAUGCCACCAGCGACUCCACACAUGGACAAGCUGCAAGCCGGCACGACCGCCGACUUGCCUUCACCGCUGCCUCUUCACGCUGUCGUAUGGGCACCGCGCGCUGACAACAAGAAGGUUUUCAACCCCUGGCUGAAAGACGCUCUCGUCAAACAAGGGAUGUAUACACAGUAUGCAGAAAAUUUACUUGCUGGAGUGAGUGCGUCUUGCGAUAAUAUUAAAUAUACGGCCUGGUUGGCAUCGGAAACGAUUAAACACUUGAAACAAAAUUGUACUGCUAACGGUUUACCUUCGCUUCUGGAUGUAAUAUCUUGCGACUCGGCGCUCGUGAGGUUCAAAGUGUGCCUCGCAGACUCCGCUACGCCGUCUGAGGCGCAUCAGUUCAUGCCCGAUCUUUUGGACUUGUUGGAAACUGUCCUGGAUUGUUGCCGAUUAAGUGCGGGCCUCGAACUCGAAGGUCUGAUGGAGAGCGCCAGCAGUAGCUCCGAGCUGGCCGUGAGCAAGUGUCGGCUGCAGGUGUGCGGCACGUCGGGCCCCGUGGGCAACGCGGCCGGCAGCACGCCGCCGCCCGCGCUGGGCGCCUGGCUGCGCGCGCAUCUGCCCGCUAAUGCGGCCGCGGCGCUCGACAGGCUGUCCUCGCCGCCGCCGCUCGCUUGUAUUAACUUGGCAUUUUACUCUGGCCACAUCAUCCCCUCUGAGAGCGCGGUCCUAAACCUGGUAUCAUCCCACUGCGAGUUGAUCACAGCCAACACGAAGUACUCGCUAGGGCCAUCGCUCAUGAUGCUUGCCUACUCCGCGGCAAAACUUCUAGAAGUGGGCGCCAGCAAGCUUGCUGACAACCCCGACCUUAUGAAGAAGACGCUAGACUUGGUUAUACCGGCUUUGACUGACGGCCGUCUAGAGUUCAUGUCGGAGCCUCUAGCAGCGACACUGAACACGCUCGUGCCACAAGUGCAGAAGGCGGAACAACUAAUUCACGAACACAUUAUAAAGACAACUUACAAUGUCCUUGUGGAGCACUUGCAGCCGUCAACAGAGAAGACGUUGAGACAUAUGGUUAAAUACUGGGAGAAGAUACUGGACCGACCCGCGGGCAGACUCGCUUACGAAAAGGUGUUUGCUGACAACUCUGGCUACUCUCUCGGCAAGAUCCUUCUUUCUGCACCUAACGCUAGGAAUCCUUACGCCGAACGGGUUAUCAAAUUGUUCAUCAAGAUAUUCUCUGGGUGCGAGAACGAGCUGAACGGUAACUUGUGCGUGUCUGUGUGCAAGUUUAUCGGUGUCGCCGAUCAACAGAAGCUUUCUACUCUGUUAGCUCACAUCUGUCUUGGUUCGCCUGCGAGCAACGGCACAUCAGGCACAGCUAACGGUACUCCUACCGAGACCGAGCUCCCCACGCCGACGUCAUCAGCUCCGGAAGCGGGCGGCAACCCCGCCUCGCUCGCCUUGCGCAACGCGCUACGCAGCGUGUUCCGCAGCGAGAGCGAUGCCGCAACACGCAACGAUUCCAACGCGCAGAGGAAUGAUUCAGAUCUACCCGUGUUUGAUGCUCCAUCACCAGCUCCGAGAGCACAAUCAGACACUGCGCAACAGUCUGCUAAUUCAGAGAGUUGUAGCUGGUCGGAUGGCAGCAAGGAAAGUGCUGGCGCCGCUACGACUGCUGUGGUGCCGGUAGAGACUACGCCUGCGCCGCUUACCGAUGCAGCUAAUGAUAACGCCGCGCUGCUUUCAGCGCUCUGCAAGCAUGUCGUGCAACACUGCGGUGACGAGGUGAGCGAGCGCAUGCUGACGACGCUGAUCGGCGUGUGCGGCGACAGCGCGUGCUCGCCGCUGCUGCUGCGCGAGAUGUGUCGCCUGGCCGACGCGCACGCCGGCGGGGACCACCGCCAGCUGUUCCCCGCUGCCGUCGGCUGGCUGGCUGCCUGUGUGGAGAAUUUGAGCAGUCAAGAUGUACUGGACAAAUUGGAAGAGGGUCAGGUGGACGGUACGCUCGCGCCGCAAAUCGAGUCCGCCUGCGUACUGCUGUCAUACCUCGCCGAUGCUCUGCACGCUAUCAAUACCACGCAGCCUCAUACUUGGCGAUCCGUCAGUCCCACCUGGGAAUCUCCCUCGGACCUCGGAUUCGACUUGGAUUACACGGACGAACAACAAGAUGAUGACGAUACAAGUGCUGAUGACUCCGAUGAAGACGCAAUGUUGCAAUACAAACUGUGCACGUUCACGGUGACCCAGCGCGAGUUCAUGAACCAGCACUGGUACCACUGCCACACCUGCAAGAUGGUGGACGGCGUCGGCGUGUGCACUGUGUGCGCGAGGGUCUGCCAUCGCGGCCACGACGUGUCCUACGCUAAGUUCGGCAACUUCUUCUGUGACUGCGGCGCUAAGCCUGAUUCUAGCUGCCAAGCCCUGGUGAAGCGCUCCGUGACGCUGGGCGGCGCGCGCGGCGCAGGCACCGAGGAGGCGGCGCCCGCGCCGUCGCUGCGGCGCCGGCCCUCCAGCCCCGCGCCGCCCGCCGUGCUGGCGCCGCCGCGGAGGCCUGUGCUCGCCUCCAACAUACAAGGCUGCAAGCAAUACCUGUCGGCGUACGCGGGCUGGGGCACGUGCAUGGAGCGUGUCCGGCGCCUGCUGGAGGCGCUGGCGGGCCCCGUGCGCGCCGCCUGCGAGCGCGCCGCGCCCACCGGCGCCCACGGCCGCGCGCAGCGGGCGCUCGCGCAGCUGCAUCUGGGGGAGAAGAAGUUCACGCACACGGAUAAUCUUAUGCUGCCUACACUUGGUUCUCAAGAAGGCGCCUUCGAGAACGUCCGCAUGUCGUACACCGGCGAGACCGGUCAGACAAUCCGUCAGCUGAUGUCCGCGCACAAGCUGCGCCGCGUGGCCAUGUGCUGCCUCGCCUCGCCGCAGGGCCGCCGGCAACAUCUCGCUGUGUCGCAUGAGAAAGGAAAAAUUACGGUGCUACAGUUAUCGGCUCUACUAAAACAAGCCGAUUCUUCUAAACACAAGCUGACGCUGACGCGUUUGUCGUCCGCUCCCAUACCGUUCAUGGUGCUCAGCCUGAGCGGCAACCCGUGGAAUGAAGAUCUACUCGCAGUGUGUGGACUGAAGGAGUGCCACGUGCUGACUUUCAACAGUGGGGGUGCCGUAGCCGAUCAUCUAGUUCUCAACACUGGUUUGGAAGGCAACAAUUACGUCAUCAAGGCAAUAUGGCUGCCUGGAUCACAGACACAACUUGCACUCGUCACAUCUGACUUCGUUAAGAUCUACGACUUGAGCAAGGAUCUUAACAAUCCCAUGCAUCACUUCCUUGUACCGAGCGGAAAGGUCCGCGAUGUAACGUUCGUGAACCAAGACGGCGUCAUGCACAUGCUAUGCAUGAGCUCGGCCGGCCAUAUAUACUGGCAGCCGAUGAGCGAAGAGUCACGCGCCACUCUAGGCACGUUCUACGUCACCAACACGCUAGAGGUGCUCCAUCCGGAAAUACAGGAUGUUGCGGGUUUGGUGGGCGGCGGUGGUGUGUCCAUUUACUAUUCGCAUACACUCAAAAUGUUGUUCUUCUCGUAUGCGCAAGGAAAGAGUUUCCUUGCUCCGCUUAACACUGUGGAAGAAAGCCUUAAAGGUACGGCCAUGAUUACUCUGUCGACGUCAUCGACUCAGAAGGAAGGCGGUGGGCGUGGCGGCGGCAAGCAGGGCGGAGUCCAGUCCCUGUGUCAAUGGGCUGAGGUGCCCGGACAUCCCGGCCUCGUGACUGCCGUCAUGCAGGCCUCUAACAAUCCUGUUGUGUUGAUGUUGACGCCUACCAACAUAUUCGUGCAAGAGAUUAAGGUGGUACCAGCCAAAGCUAAGAUAACAGACAUGGUAGCCGUCCGUCACUGGUGCGGCGGCGGCGGCGAACAGAAGAGUACCUUGAUCUUGCUCUGCGAGGACGGCAGCUUGCGCAUGUAUGCCGCCAGCGGCGAACACACUGGGUACUGGCUGUCGCCUGCCAUACAGCCCACGCACGCACCCAGAAGGAGGCCUAGGUUACUCACGCAUCAUGCCAAAGGAAAGGCUCAGCAGGUGGUGACCAAAUCUAAUGCUAAUGGAGCACCACAAUUCCCGAUCGAUUUCUUCGAGCACUGCGUUGCGAUGAACGAUAUUGAGUUUGGCGGUAACGAUCUGUUGCAAGUGUACAACACUGCUCAGAUAAAACAUCGACUUAAUACAACGGGGCUAUAUGUGGUGUCAACAAAGAUGAGUGGAUUUACAAUGGAAGUCAUCAACUCGGAUCCGAACAUGGUUAUUUGCGGCAUAAGAGUGCUUCUUGGAAGCCAAGAAGUCGCUAGAACUCCGUCCUUUGUUGAAGUGUACGGUAGAUCGAUUCAGACAAUAGUUGUGCGCAACCGCUGGUUCGAUAUACCACUGACUCGUGAGGAGUCGCUGCAGUCGGACAAGAAGCUGGUCAUCAACUUCGGACCCUCACAAGACCCUGAUGGUGUUACCAUGGUUGACUCUGUUAAGGUAUAUGGAAAGAAUAAGGAGCAAUUCGGAUGGCCUGAAGACAACGAGGAUCCCUCAGCGUGCCCUUCGUCUAGCAAAGUUGCUCAGGAGGGUGAGGGUAACGGCGGUGCUUGGAAGCCGAGUCCCCUGGAGCGGCUGGCGUGCGCGGCGCUGGAGGCGCUGGAGCUGGGCGCGGGGGCGGCCGCGGCGGGAGCGCAGGCCGCGGCCGAGCCCGCGCGGCGCCUGCUGUGCGCGCCCGCGCCGCCGCACCUGCACGCGCGGGCGCAGUGUCUGCUGCGCGCGCUGCAUCACACGCACUACCACCAGUACAAGGAUCAAGCCAUCCUCAAAUACGUGUGCACAUCUCUACGUGAGCUGCGUGACACAGCGGAUCCUCACAACAUAGAUCCCGAAGCGUACUUCCGACUGGUAUUGCUAGCUCGCGGCGUAGCAGUCGCGAGACCCAACCAUCUUGUCAAAUAUAGUGCUCCGACACCGCAAAGACCUGCUAACGGCGAUUGGUCAAUCUUCUGGAAGGGAGAGAACCAAGACGAAAAGGAAAAAGAGCCGCACUUAUGCGCGUUACUGACCAGCGUGCUGUGGCGCCUGGCCGCGUGUCGGUCGUCCACCGCGCAGCCUCCCGGCAUACUGUCGUACGGACUGCGACACCCUGAACACACGAUGCACGCUCUCGCCGAUACCGUGCAUGCGUUCCAGCUGCAUGCCGAGCCUGAAUGCAUUGAAUUCGGCAACCAAAUCUACCUAUCUCUGCUGCUGGCUGAAGACCAGAGCAUAAGCUUCGGCGCUAAAGCUGCGCUGAUGAGAGUGCUCAGACCGAGGGUGAAGCGGCGUCGCGUAUAUAUUCCAUCUCCACCAAAUACUCCUGGAACAGGCGCUGGCUCCUCAGUGACCACAGCUCAGCCCACCAGCUCGAUCACCGAGGCCGUAGUGUCCGAGUCUGACUUGAGCGCCAACCGUGACGAACACCAGGAGAACCAGUUCAUGGAUGUUGAUGACUCGCUCGAGCCUAUGGUGUUGCUGGCUCCUGAUGGCGGUUUAGACGCCUUACUGGACAUUCCUCCCGAUGCCGACGACGAAACGAUGGUAGAGUUAGCGAUAGCACUGUCUCUACAAGAGCAGCCGCGCCGAGCCCCCGCCGCGCCCUCUGCCCCGCCGCCGCCCGCGCCCGGCUUCAGCGAUGCUACUGCCUCGCCGCCAGGUUCGGAUGACGAGGGCAGCACUGCGGCAACAGAUGGCAGCACUCUCCGCACUUCACCGGCGGAAGCUCCCGGCUCUGCCGGCUCGGAAUCCGGUGGAUCCGGCGCUGAUAGUAUCGGAGGCGUUUCUGGCAGAAGCAGCGCAUACGGAGAAAUGGUGUCGGCUCCGUCCGCGGGGACGAUGCCUGCUUCCAAUAUCAUCGCAGCGCCUGUUGUUAUUACAGCUGGUCCAUCAACAUCGUCCAACCAGCCCGUCGCGUCCACAUCUCGCACAAUGGAAGCUGAGAGCGAGACUCGCAAGCUGCACGCGUUGCGGCUGUCGCUGUUGUCGGCCGCGCUCGACGCGCUGCCCUCGCUGCGGUACCUGCCUGGAGUCAGGGCUAUACCGUUUGUCCAGGUGGUCCUAAUGCUUGCUGGUGAUCUGGACUCCAGCGUAGAAGGUGACCGUACAGUCCUAGACCGGUUACUAGAACUCCUCGUAUCAGAGCUGGACAUCCAAAGCGAGGAGAACCCAGAAGAUCGAACAGACAGACGCGAGUUACAGCUUGCUAUUAUGAGGUUGGAACUGUUGGUGUCCGCGUUUGAUGUGCAGGGUGAUGAGAACCCGCCCGCUAUAGAGGAGAGGACGAACAGAAGGGAGCUGCAGUUGGUCAUCAUGAGGUUGCUUAGCGUGCUGAUGGCCCGCUGGAAGACCUCCGGCAGCGGCAGCGCGGGGCGCGGCGCGGAGUCGUCGGGCGGCGCGUGCGCGGCGCACGUGUCGCGGCUGGCGGCCGCCGCGCUCGUGCGGGCCGGCGCGCCCGCGCACUGCUACGCCGUGCUGGCCGCGCUGCUGCCCUACUGGGAGAACAAGACCUCGGGUACUGGUACAGCUACACCUGCUCAACAACUGCUGAAGCCACAGCCUCCACAGCCCUUACCCGACAUGCAACCGUUCUUUGUCAAGGAAUAUGUUAAGAGUCACGCAUUGGACGUCUUUGACAACUACCCUCAACUGCUAAUGGAGAUGGCGUUGAGACUGCCUUGUCAGAUAUACAAGCACUGCGACCCGGCGCACUUCGGUCAACGCUGGCGCACGCUACUCUGCAAGUAUAUGAUGAACCAGCAGACACCGCUAAGGAAACAAGUACGAAAACUCUUGCUCCUACUGUGUGGUACUCGCGAGCGUUACCGCCAGCUGCGUGACGUGCACGCACUCGACACGCACCUGAGCACGGCGCGGGCCUUGCUCGCAACUGACCCCGCCUACGAUAACCUUGUACAGCUGAUGGAUCAUUUGAAGGCUUGUGCAGAAAUAGUGAGCGCUCGUACAGGCAACUGGCAGCACACGUGCGUGCAGGAACGCCGCGAGGUCCUGCCCUGGCUGGUCUCCGUCGCCAGGGGGGUACACCCGCACGUGGCGCCCACUGUGCUGCAGUUGCUGCAGGCCGCACUCUGCGCGCCGCCACACCACGCCGCCAGGAACGAGAACAAGCAAAACUCUGCGGACUGGCCAGAACGCGAGCGGAGCGCUGAAAACGACGCAUUCGCAUCGGAUGGGUCUAAAUUCCAGGAACAGAGGGUUGCACCACUCGUUCAACAAAUUUUGAAACAGGUGCCCCAAGAUGAGCUGAAGAUGUUUAUCAAGGCAUUCCUAUUAGAGACCAACUCGACAGCCGUUCGCUGGCAAGCUCAUGCUUUGCUACUCGCUAUCUACAACAACUCUUCUCAAACCGACCAAUCAAUGUUGGUCUCGCUACUGUGGGGCAUCUGGCCGACUUUGCCGCAGUACGGACGCAAGGCUGCUCAGUUUGUCGACUUGCUUGGAUACUUUACGCUCAAGACGCCUAACAUCGAUACAGAGAAAUACGUAGGCAGCGCUGUAGAACUACUCCGCAACCAGAACCAGCUUCUCUCGUCGCACGGCAACGCAGCAUUGUACGCGGCUCUCGGCUCCUACGUGGAGCUGGACGGGUACUACCUGGAGUCCGAGCCUUGUCUAGUCUGCAACAACCCCGAAGUCCCGAUGGCGACCAUCAAGUUACCCACUAUAAAGAUCGACUCGAAGUUCACGACGACCACUCAGAUCGUGAAGCUGGUCAACAGUCACAUGAUCAGUCGCAUCAACCUCCGUAUCAGUGACAUCAAGCGAAGCAAGAUGGUGCGCACCAUCAACUUCUAUUACAACAAUAGGACCGUGCAAGCUGUGCAGGAGCUUAAGAAUAGACCUGGCAUGUGGCACAAAGCUAAGCGCGUUCAGCUCCAGUCUGGACAAUCCGAAGUGCGUGUCGACUUCCCUCUGCCGAUCGUCGCCUGUAAUCUCAUGAUGGAAUAUGCCGACUUCUACGAAAAUCAACAGGCUACUGGUGAGUCUCUGCAAUGCCCUCGUUGCUCUCAAUCCGUGCCUGCCAACCCUGGCGUCUGCACCAACUGUGGAGAAAACGUCUUCCAAUGCCACAAGUGUCGUGCUAUAAACUACGACGAGAAGGAUCCCUUCCUAUGCCACGCUUGCGGGUUCUGCAAGUACGCGAAGUUCGACUACACGUUAACAGCGCGGCCUUGUUGCGCGGUCGAUACUAUAGAGAAUGAUGAAGAACGGAAGAAGAUGGUGCAGACUAUCGGCGCGUUGUUAGAUAAGGCCGACCGCGUUUAUAGACAGCUUGUUGCCAACAAGCCUGUGUUGGAGUCUCUCCUCCACAAGAUCAGCGAACAUCGCCUAGAAGGUCGCACGGGCGAUGAGAACAGCAACGCUAGUAACACGUCGUUCAGCGGCGCUCAGAUCAACCGCGUGAUACAAACCCUCGCGCACAAGUACUGCGUCGACAGUAAAGGACACUUCGAGGACCUCUCCAAGAUCAUACAGAAGGUUCUGGCUUGCAGGAAGGAACUGGUUGCGUUCGAUAGAUCUCAGAGCGAACUAACCAAGGGCGAUACUUUGCCAGUGUACGCUGGAUUGUUGCAGAAUUAUGAUGGCGAUGUUACUAAAGAGUCGGGCGGCGGCUGCUACGGCUGCGCGCUGUCGUGCGCGGAGCACUGCCAGACGCUGCUGCGCGCGCUGGCGUCGCAGGCGGAGCACCGCGCGCGCCUGUGCCGCUUCGGGCUCGUGCAGGAGCUCGUGCAGCACAACCUGCACCGCGGCACGCCGCAGUGCCAAGAGGAAGUCCGCGCCCUGAUCUGUCUGGUAACUCGCGAUAAUCUGCCGGCGACUGAACAUCUAUGCAACUUAUUGUCUCAACGUAUCACUCUGUCUCUUAUGGGACACGCUGCAUCUCAAGAUCAUAAUAACUCUGUGCGCCCAUUAGUAUUGCUUCUUGGCUCUCUCGUGAAAGUUCAAGAUUCUGUCGAAUGUUGGGAAGCCAGACUUCGAUGCAUUGUAAAACUGUGGGUCUGGUGUUGCCCACAACUAACAGAAGUGGCAGGCAUUACGCCUGCAGCCAACACUAUCUUGAAGGAAGAAGCCUUAGCCAGUAUCCCUGGUAUUAAUUCGUCUUCUCCUAACUUCUUGAACUGUCACACAGCGCAUCAGUUCGCGCUGCAGCAGGUGGCGCUGCCGUGCCUCCGCUACAUGCAGCAGCUGAUGGCGCCCGUCGCGCCCGCGCCCGCUCCCGCGCCUGCUACUGAUGCUGAGCAGCCUAAGGAGAAUGCUAAGGAAACAACACCAACCACAACCGCUCCGAGCGGUACAGCAGCACCGUCGUCCACCGGCAACGUGGUAGUGGACCUGGCGGCGUGGCUGGCGGGCAAGGUCCCGCACGCGCAGUGGCGGCGGCUGGGCGGGGCCCGCGCGCCGCGCCCGCCCGCGCCCGCGCCCGCGCCCGCGCUGCGCGACCUGCACCUCGCGCACAAGUACCUCGCCAAGUGGCGCGAGAGGACCAUGUUGUCGCACGGCAUGCGCCCUCUAGCGCUAGAGGACGGUGGAUGGCUGCGUCCAGUGAUGUUUGACCCCAGCUCUCGUAUCGCUCGGGACACCGCUUGCCAGAUGGUCAAGUCCUUGUGUGACUCUUAUGACAGGACUAAAGCUGUGUUGAUUCUAUUGACCAGCUUCUUGCCUGAAGUUGGUACUGCUGGGGAAGCCAGCGAACAAUUCUUGCAACUUUAUCAAACUCUGGCUUCUGAAGCGCCAUGGAAGCAAUUCCUGGCUUUGCGCGGAGUUCUGCAGCAGAUUGCGGAUCUGAUGACGAAGGAGAUUGAGCAAUUGCAUCGCCUCGAAGAGACUACUCUCACAUCUGAUCUCGCUCAAGGUUACGCUCUCAAACGCCUGACAGAACUUCUAGCGAUGUUCUUAGAAGAGAGCGGCGCCCGUCGCACAUACAAGGGCCGCCUGGUGGGGGCCGUGCUCGGCGGGUACCUGUCGCUCCGUCGCCUCGUAGUACAGCGCACGCGCCUCACUGACGACACGCAGGAGAAGCUUCUGGAACUGCUGGAGGAGAUGACUACUGGUACGGAAGCUGAAACAGCAGAGUUCAUGGCAGUCUGCAUCGAGACGGUCCAAAAGUACCCUCUGCACGACUACCGCACGCCCGUGUUUAUCUUCGAGCGACUCUGUUCUAUUAUAUACCCGGAGGAGAACGAUGUCGGCGAGUUCUUCCUGACACUCGAGAAGGAUCCGCAGCAGGAAGACUUCUUGCAAGGUCGUAUGUUAGGCAAUCCCUACUCGUCUCUCGAGCCGGGUAUGGGCCCGCUAAUGCGCGACGUUAAGAACAAGAUCUGUACCGACUGCGAGCUCGUUGCUCUGCUAGAAGAUGACAACGGCAUGGAGCUGCUUGUGUGCAACAAGAUCAUGUCGCUAGACCUGCCUGUCAAGGAUGUUUACAAGAAGGUGUGGUGCACAUCUGGCGAAGGCGUGGACGCUAUGCGUGUUGUAUACCGUAUGCGCGGUCUGCUGGGCGAUGCUACCGAGGAGUUCGUCGAGCGACUAACGCAAGCCAACGCCGAGGCCGUAGACGACGAGCAGCUGUACCGUAUGGCUAACGUGCUUGCUGACUGCGGCGGCAUCGAGGUGAUGCUGCAGCGGCUGGCGGCCAUCCAGCGCGUGGGCGCGGCGCGCGCGCUGUGCUCGACGCUGCUGCGGCUGGUGUCGCUGUGCACGCGCGUGCGGCGCUGCGUGCGCGUGCUGACGCGCGCCGAGACGCGCGCGCUGCCCGUGCUGCUGCACGCGCUGCACCUCGCCGCGCAGGACGAGAAGGACAUGCCGCGCGCCACCACCGUCUACCAGCUGCUCGAGAUUAUGGAGAGAAUUCUGUCUGUAGCUGCUAGUGAGAGCCUGGAGUCGUUCUUACAGUUUUCGCUCACUUUCGGUGGACCGGAAUAUGUACAGGCUCUUCUGAACUGUACUGAAUGUCCAGGAAUCCGCAACAACUCAGUCGCUCUCGGCCACUUGACUCGCGUGCUAGCCGCUCUAGUCUACGGUAACGACCUCAAGAUGGCGUUACUAGUCGAUCACUUCAAACCAGUUCUCGACUUCGACCGGCUCGACUCUGAACAGUGGACUGAAGAGGAGUUCCGUAUGGAACUGUUCUGUGUCUUCUGCGCUAAUAUAGAGAGGAACUCUAUUGGUGGAACGCUGAAGGAUUAUCUGAUCUCGCUUGGUGUCGUGCGUGAUGCGCUUGAGUAUAUUGUGAAACACGCGCCGUGUGUGAAGCCGACUCUCGUGUGCACCGACUCUGACGAGCUUAAGGAGUUCAUCAGUCGUCCCGCACUCAAGUACAUAUUGCGCUUCCUCACCGGCCUCGCCGCUGAUCACGAACCGACACAGAUGCUAGUAUGCGAGAAGGUGAUUCCUAUCGUGCACCGCCUGGAGCAAGUCUCGUCAGGCGAGCACGUCGGGUCUCUGGCCGAGAACCUGCUGGAGGCGCUGCGCUCGCAGCCGCAGUGCGCCGCCAAGGUGCAGCAAGUGCGGGACUUUACCAGACAGGAAAAGAAACGCUUAGCCAUGGCAGUACGCGAGCGUCAACUCGGCGCCCUGGGCAUGCGCUCCAACGAGCGCGGCCAGGUGACCGCGCAGUGCUCGCUCACGCAGCAGGUCGCGGACCUCGCCGAGGAGAACGGCGCGGUCUGCUGCAUCUGCCGCGAGGGGUACAAGUACCAGCCCACCAAGGUGCUCGGUAUCUACACGUUCACAAAGCGUUGUCCCGUGGAGGAGUUCGAGGUGCGCGCGCGCAAGACGCUCGGCUACACGACCGUGUCGCACUACAACAUCGUGCACGUCGAGUGUCACAUGGCUGCCGUCAGGCUAGCUCGAGCUAGGGAUGAGUGGGAGAGUGCCGCUCUGCAGAAUGCGUCGACACGUUGUAACGGAUUGCUGCCGCUGUGGGGACCGCACGUGCCCGAGUCAGCGUUUGCCAGCUGUCUGGCGAGGCACACUACUUAUUUGCAGGAAUGCACCGGCCACCGCGACAUCGGCCACACUUGCACCCUGCACGACCUGAAGCUGCUGCUGCUCCGCUUCGCCCGCGGCCGCACGUUCCACGACGACACGGGCGGCGGCGGCCCGCUCUCCAACAUGCAGCUCGUGCCCGCGCUCAUACACAUGGCGCUCUAUGUUAUUAACACGAGCCGCGUGUCGGCGCGCGAGGUAUCUGCCCUGGAAGCGGCGCUUGCGUGGGCGCCGGCGCGCCUGCUGGAGUCCGCGCACGACGCCGAGGGCCCGCUCUACUUCAUCACGCUCAUGCUCAUGCUGUACCCGCACGCCAAAUGGCGCUCAGUAAAAGUGGACAUGCUGAAGCGUCUGUUGGUGAUCGGCCACGUCCGCGCGGCCAUCCCGGGCGGGCCGGCAGUGCGAGCUCUGCCUACAGACCAGCGCGCGGUCAAGCCCUGGAACGAUUACAAGCCCUACGCGCUCUUCGUGGCUAUCAUAGACCAGCUCUAUACCGUCAUGUUUAAGACCGUUAGCGCAACGACAGUAGAUCAGUGGCCGAUCAAACUAGCGGAAUACAUCCGACACAACGACGAGGCGAACGGCAAAGCCGCCGAGCGCAUAGUGACAACUCUUACCGACGAACUGUUGCCAUGCGCAUCCUUCGCCGAGUUCUGCGACGCCGCCGGCUUCCUCGAGGACAUCCCCGAGCCCGACGCCUUCCUGCAAGCCCUCAUAGACGAGCAACCUUGAGGAAGGCCUUUCGUGCCUUAUUGCCUCAGCUACAAUGGGUGUAUGGCCGUAUAGAACAAUUUAAAUCAACACAUUUAUCAUAACCACAUGUAAAACACAGUUAAUCUUUAGCGCUUGACGAUAUACACAUACAGCUGCAUUUAAUAACCCACACACGCUUUUGUUUAUCUGAUAUAGUAGUGUCGUGAGAUGGCACAUGAAAUAGUUCAAUUAGCAAGGUCAUGUCACUCGCGGGCGUCGCGAACAUCCCUUCACUGGCUCGAGGCCCUUUGUAACACAAUAUUUAAUCUAAUCUAUAACUGUGCUUGUUUGUAGACUGUUAAAUUAUUCAGUAAAUGUUUCUCUCUUUCGAUUCUAUACUAUUCUUCAAUUGUAAUUCUUGUAUUUAGUUUUCUGCAUUAAAUAGUUUCUGCUUCA